GCGGCCAUGUCCUUCUGCGCCUUCUUCGGCGGGGAGGCGUUCCGGGGCCACUUCGAGCCCGGCAUUUACGUCUGCUCCAAAUGCGGUUAUGAGCUGUUCUCCAGCAGAGCAAAAUACCAGCAUUCGUCUCCGUGGCCGGCCUUCACUGAAACCAUUCACGCCGACAGCGUGGCCAAGUACGAAGAGCGACCGGGCGCCUUGAAGGUGUCCUGCGGCAAAUGUGGUAAUGGGCUGGGCCACGAGUUCCUCAACGACGGGCUGAAGAGGGGGCAGUCUCGCUUCUGAAUAUUCAGUAGCUCGCUGAAAUUCAUCUCUGCAGACAAAGCAGAGCAGGACCUUAAGAAGUAAGCGGGCUGCGCGACUCACUCGCUGCUUAUAGUGGACUCCUACAAGCUACCCAUUGUUUCCUGUGAUAACGGUUUGGGAUCAAGUGCCUGUGUGCUCUAAAUGAGAAUCUAGUGAAGCAAAGAUCCUCCAGGCUUCUGCAGUACAACGCCUCCCGUCAGAGAUCUGUGCUGGGUGCUGGUUUGUCGGCUGGGAACAUGAGGUUGGGGGAGCAGAAGGGAAAUGGGACACUGAUCUCUGAUUGCCUUUGCUCUGUCCGGUGGGUUAUCUCUUCCCUAGAGCGAAUGUGGCACAAGGUGACAACUUUUGCUUUGAACCAUCUGGUUGCAAACUUGUACAUAGUUAGGGCCCUACCAAAUUCACGGUCCAUUUUGGUCAAUUUCACAAUUAUAGGAUUUAAAAAAUUGUAAAUUUCAUGAUUUCAGAUAUUUAAAUCUGAAAUUUCAUGGUGUUGUAUCUGUAGGGAUCCUGACCCAAAAGAGGGUUGGCGAGAGUUACAGGGUUAUUGUAGGGAGAAGGUCAUGGUAUUGCCACCCUUACUUCU